CCCUGGCCAGGCCUGGACGCUUUGCUUCCCCCAAAUACUUAGAGACACAGCAGCCAUACACUCGUAAAUGACAACACUGCUGUCUCCUCCUACAUAAUGAAAUGAGGAAGUAACUGAAGAUAAAAAUUUAAGGGAAGCAGGUGAGAGAAACAAAACACAGUGACUUAGACAAGUUGAGGGCAGAGUGCGCCUGGGCUCCACGCAAGUCCCCCGCGGGCACUGGCAUUGGACGGUGACCAGGGAGAGAGCCCACAGGCAGAACCAUGUGGCUGCUCCCAGCCCUGCUCCUCCUCAUCGUCCCAGGCUGCUUCUCCAUGUCUGGUCCCUGGUCCGUGAGCGGCCCCAGAGGGGGUUCGGCGACCAUUCAGUGUCGCUAUGACCCAGGCUGGGAAAGCUACUCUAAGUGGUGGUGCCGCGGAGAGGCCUGGGGUUCCUGCGACACCCUCCUUAAAACCACGGGGUCCGAGCAGACGGUGGGGCACGGCCGCGUGUCCAUCCGGGAUGAUCACUGGAGGCACCGGUUCACCGUGACCAUCGAGGAGCUCCGGGCAAGUGACGAGGACACAUAUGCGCAAACAGCAAACUUGACGGUACCUCUGUCACCAAAAACAACUAGACCUGUGUCAACACACAUGGCUGAACUUAUGUUAACAUAUGCAGCUCUACCUGUGACAACGCAGCUGGCUGUACUUGAGACAACAUACCCGCCUGAACUUGAGACAACAUACCCGGCUGAACUUGAGACAACAGAUAUGACUGAACUGACGUCACCAAACACGGCUGUACCUGCGACAACAUCCGCCUCGGUCAGUCUGGCUACCUCGCCUCCAAUCGCCCAGAGCAGCAACAGCAGCAUGGCUCUCACCAGAUCCCUCACCAGGUUCCUGCUCUGCAACCUGCACGUGGUGCUCCUGACCGUCAUAAAGGUGCCCCUGCUUGGGUGCCUGCUGUGCACGCUGAUGUGGCUGAGCAGGAGCCAGGGCGACCCCAAGGGGAAAUAAGUCGGUCUUCGCAGGAGACGGCAGUCCCCACGCCAUCGAGACCCUCGCCUGGGACUAGCAGAACCCCCUGCCAUCUUAUCAGGGGUGGGCAGUGGCUGCAGUUCCAGGAGAGACGAGGGCGCCUGCUGCCUGAGGACCCCCUCAUCCUGGCCCUGAGAACACAGUCGGCUGCCCCCUCUCGGCUCAGCUCCGCACCCCGGUCUCCACCGAAGGAGCGGAGACAGGAAGAGCGAGGUGCUCCCCUCACGCCCUGGGCCCUCGGUCACCUGCAGUCCUGCCCGUGUGGAUGCCCCGUUUCCUUGUGACUCUGCUGUGGCUCUGCCCAGGGUCAUGGACCACGGACGGCACUGUCUAGGGCUCCGGCCAGUAAUGGAAUCAAGAGUCCAGACCAACCGAUGGGUACAAAACCUGAAUUAAACCCCAAAGCUCAGAGUGUGAGACCGCCCCCCGCCACCGCCACCACCACCACCACCACCACAGGAGGUGUCAGAGGGCUGCUGGCUGCACCUCCUGUUGCAUCAGGACCUUCUGGAGACUCACCUGAGCACAGACGAUCAGAGACAGGGCUGGACCAUCGUGCAGCUCACACCGAUAUGUCUCCUGUGUGUUCCUAUUGCAUCCAUGGAUUUCCUGGGCUCUCUGAGAUGAUACCGUUUGUUGCACUGUUUCCAUACAUCCGAGAGGGCGUGAAGGGAGCCUGAAUCAAGCACCAGGGUCAGGUGUGUCUCACAGGAUGUACCUGUGAGCCAGGGGAGGGGCGAGGGGAGGAGCCUGCCAGAUAUCUUUCUGUCCGCGCGCGCCCCCCCCCUUCCCCAGAGAGGUCGCAACUAUGACCCCCUGUGAAGAUGCAAACUGUAAUCGAAGGCUAGGAGUGAAUAAAGGAAUG